AUGACAUCACUGCACUUCAAGGGUACCAGGAAAUGGAAGGAUUCUGAAGAGCAUCCCUUGUUACAACAAUGCAGACCUGUGACACGUAAACAUCAUGUUCAAAAUAGAAAUAAUGGGGACAACGUAACUAAUGUCAAGUGCACUCAGAAAGAUCAAGAAAACCUAGCCUCACAUGAGAGUCUGGACUACCUACCUUCUCACAGUGAUAUUUAUAAAAAAUGGUUGCGAGAAAAGCCUUACAGGUCAGACUGGGACUAUUGGUUCAUGAUGGGACUCAUUGGAAUAUCAGUUGGGAUUCUGGGAUUCUUGGUAAAUCAGACAAUUGAUAUUCUCGUCAAAUUGAAAUGGAAGCUUAUUCUACACUAUAUACAGAAUAAUCAGUUUUUCCUCACAUGGAUCUGCCUAGUUGGAAUUGGAUUGGCAAUGGUCACACUCUCAUCUGGAACAGUGCUGAUCUUAUGUCCUUCAGGUAUGCCAAGUGGCCUUCCAGAAGUGAUUGGUUUUCUGAAUGGUGCCUCAAUCCAAGGUAUCUUUCAUAUAAAAACACUGAUUGGGACGUUGGUGUCUUGUGUAUUAGCGGUAGCCUCUGGGCUAUUUUGUGGGCCAGAAGGACCAAUGAUUCAUAUGGGUUCCAUUCUUGCAAGUGGUCUAAGCCAGUUUAAAUCUGACACAUUUGGAGUUCAAUUUCCUUUCUUCACAAGAUUUCGAAACUGUGCUGACAGGAGAAACUUCAUUACUGCAGGAGCAGGAGCAGGCAUUGCCUCUGUUUUUCGAGCCCCUAUGGGUGGACUGCUGUUUACAUUUGAAGAGGUGGCUUCUUACUGGGAUAUCAAACUAGCUUGGCAGACCUUAUUUUGUUGUUUGAUGGCUGCAUUUACUACUGAUCUCCUGUCCUCUUCCUUCCAUGGAUUUGUUUAUCGGGGACAUUUUGGAUUCUUCAAGGCUGAAGAGAGUAUCUUGUUUGGGGUUAAAUACUUGCUGGACAUGAAUAUUUUAGUCUUCAUUCCAACCAUUAUCCUGGGAAUUGUAGGAGGUCUGCUGGGAGCAUUGUUUGUCUCCAUGAACCUGAGAAUCAACAAAUUUCGGACAGAAUUCUUUAACUUAAUUAAAUAUAAGUUUGUGCAAAAGGUGUGCAAGCUCACAGAGGCAGUCCUGACACUGAUAAUCACAAUUACGGCUACUGUCUAUGUGCCUUACUUCUUCCCAUGCACAUUGCUCUCUAGCCAUGAGUCUGAAAACAGAUCAUUAUGCAACGACAUUUCAACAGAGGCUUCUCACCUACUGAGUAAGACAGAAUAUUUUAACUCCUACAACUGUCCAUCGGGCACAAGCUGGAUUGGAUCCAGUGGUGUAAAAUAUUCAAAUCACACUUACAAUCAAGCUGCUGCGCUUCUGUUUGGUAAUGGACAGGAUGGAAUUGUGUAUCUCUUCAGAAGAGGGACGCCUGAAGAAUUUGGAUAUGCUGCUCUCUUGACAACCCUUGUUAUUUACUAUCUAUUUUCUUGUUGGACAGCUGGUACUGCUAUGGCAUGUGGACUUGUCAUACCAAUGCUGUACACUGGAGCAUUAUAUGGCAGAAUAAUUGGUCUCAUCAUGGUGUCGAUGUUUGGUGUCCAAACUGACAAAUAUGGGGCAUGGAUAGAUCCUGGCCUUUUUGCAAUAAUUGGAGCUGCCUCAUAUUUCUGUGGGGUUUCUAGACUGACAAUCUCGCUCACCGCUAUCAUGGUGGAACUAACCAAUGAUGUGCAGUCAUUACUGCCAAUAAUGGUAGCUGUCAUGGUGGCCAGGAUGACUGGAGACUUGUUCAACCGUUCAUUGUACAGUUCUUUACUGAAACAAAAAUGUAUUCCAUUCCUGGAGCCAGAACCACGUGUUGCGUACCAGAACAAACCUCUGAAUUUAGAAUUAUUUACAGUGAAAGAUGUCAUGGAAUGCCAAGUAAAGGUCCUCCAUCUGAGGGAAAAGGUCUCUUCCCUGGCUGCACUUCUCUUGGAGACAAAACAUGGUGGAUUCCCUGUGGUUUAUCACAUGGAACCAUUCCAUGAGGAAGUCUUCAUAGGAAGCAUCACCAGGUUAGAACUUUGUCGAAUCUUGGAAAAUGAAAUGCUAUUUGAAAUACAAAACGAUGACAGCUGCAAACAACAUUCUCAGAUGAGCUACAAUGAGAUGUCUGCCAAGCUGAUAAACUCAACUAAGAUGAAUCUUCUCCUGAAUGAGUACAGAACUGACAAUCGUUAUAAGGACUACUAUGUCAAUUUGAAACCACAUAUCAACCAAUCAGCAAUGACAGUCCAUGCUAAUUUUUCUCUUCAACGAACUUACAUCAUUUUUCGAACACUGGGACUUCGACACUUGACCGUUGUUGACUUGAGAAAUCGUGUCCUUGGCAUCAUUACACGAAAAGAUCUGAUGCCAUUCCGCCUUGAAGAGAAACUACUUCAAUCUGAGAAUUUGGAAUCAGACAAUGGUAGAAGAUAAAAAUGUUCUGAUGGAAAUCUUUACAUAUUACUGUUUCUGUGUAAAUCACAAAGGCUGUUUAAGACAGGAAAGGAAUUCUAAAUGUGUAGAAUUGUUCUUGAUACAUUGUCUAUAUAACAUCCUCACAACUUCCAAUUUCUGCUUUUUAAAAUUUUGCUUUGUCAUAGUCUUCACUUUCAGGGUUUCUCCAAACAGCUUUUUUAAUAUCCCUUUUGAAUAGCAAUUUAUUAGGGUGAUGUUAUAUACGGAGAUUAUCUUCAGAAGAUGUUCUCCAGCAGGGGAUAUCUCUUAACCAGCCUUGUAAAGAACUAUGGUAAAUUUCCCAUGAGCUUGUGUUUUUCACAAAUGAUUGCAAUUCCAUGUUUUGAGAAUUGUUGUACAAAUUUAUGGGGUAAAUAGUUAAGAAUGCUUUAGUGAAGAAAAUGAUUUAACUUAGGAAUAUUUUGCCUCAAUUACCCAGCAAUCAUGAAUGUUUUAGUUUGACCUUUUCUUUCCAAUUUAUCAAAUUGGCAUGUUUCUAUGAUGUAAACAAUAUAAUGCAAAACCUAUGCGAAAUGGUAGAUCUUCUAAUCUAUUAUUCAUAAUCUGAAAUAUAUUUUACAACCUGGGUGCUAUGGACCAUAAAUGUUAAA